GUUGUAUGCAAAUAGUUGAAAGACAAGAGUGUUAAUGUUUCUUUGGGAUGAAAAAUAUGAUUUUAUAAGGUCAAAAGAGGAGAAAUACAUGUACAUAUUUAUGCAAAUCAUGAUAGAGCAAGAGGCGAGACGGGAGAAGAGAGGGAGAUUAGAGUUGAUAAUGAUACCCAUACUCCACCCCACGUACACUAUUGUGAGUCGGGUAACACCCAUUCCAAAUAGGUUGAGACAGGUCAAAUAAUGCGAGUCAGAUCAGAAAUUGACAUCAAUAGCCUCAAACUCACCAUGGCAAGACAAAACGAGGGAAAACACCAACCCAAACCCGAGGAUGGGAGAAAGAGAAGCAAACAAGCCUUCGAAAACCGUAGGAAGCUAAGUUCAUCCCUAAUCCAGCUUUUGCUUGACCAAUCGUGAGAAGUAGAUCUUCGACUAACAAGAGCUACAUAGCAACCUUUGAGCAAUGGGCAUUCGACAGAGAAACAGUAAGGAAAGAGUCUUCAUCCUCAACAUCUUAAAACCGAGUCCGAGUCUUCAUCUUCACUUGCCUUUCUUUCAGACUUUUUAUGUUCUUCAUCUAUCGUUGUUUCUGUACAACUUCGUAGCUGACUGUCUUUUACCUGUAGUCCUCUGCUAAACAGUUUGUCUUGGUUGUAGUCAACCCAACCCAUACCUUCUUUUUUUGCUGUCAUGCGCUCCAGAGUAUUAUUCCUAAACUGACUAUGCACUUCCACUACUAAAUUAUACCUUUCAGAUCCUUACAAAAUCUUUGAUUUUUAGUUUACACUUCACAACAACCCAAAAUUUAGAAACUUCCCCGUACGGCCCUAUCCACUUUGCCAAUUUCAGCAUGCACCAAGUCAGGAAAUUGAUCCCGCACUCUCCCUCCCAUGGCCUCAACCUCGCUCCCAGAGACUUCAUGACGCGGUAACCUCACGAAGUCCACCCGAGUUCCUAAUUUAUAACGAAGCUCCCUCUCUGUUUUCACCCAAACCCUCAAUUCCUGCAACAACUCAACACCAGAAAUGGAAGCAGCCUAUUUGCCGCCGGAAAUCCUACUCGACAUCUUCCACAGGCUGCCAGCCAAAUCCAUCCUCGCCUGCGUCUGCGUCUCCAAGUACUGGCUUUCCCUGAUCAAGACCCAUGAUUUCAUCGCCUCCCACUUCAACCAACAAUCAUCCAUUUCUUCCUCCAGCCCACACCCCCUGUUUCUCAUCCGCCUCUGUUUCAGCUUCAGGGCUCGGGAGAACCACUACUUCCUUCGCCGUGACGACCGGGAAUUCACCCACUACGCCGAAGUCAAAACCAUUCCACCCAUCGUCAACGACAGGUCCUUCUCCGUCGUCGGAUCGUGCCGCGGAUUGGUCUGCCUGAUGCACAAUCUAUACACUUCCAACUACACAAUCGCCCUCUGGAACCCUGCAAUAGGGAAAACCAUCACCCUCCCCAAACCGGGCGUCACUUUCGAGACCCACGGCGGGUUCGAAUCCCUCCUCGGUUUCGGGUUCGAUUCGUCGACCCGGGAUUACAAAGUGGUCAGGGUCGUGCGGCUUCUGGAGUGCGAAGAAAUCGCAAUUGAAGUCGAGGUCUUCUCCCUCAACGCCGGGUCGUGGAAGCGGAUUACCUCCGCGGCGCCGCAGUACAACAUCGUGGAGCGCGGGUCACAGGCUUUCGUGAACGGGUCGGUCCACUGGGUCGCGAGACGGGGCAGCAACAACAACGAGGGUUACAAGAACGUGAUUCUGGGUCUCGAUCUACAGGGCUGCGAAGAGCGGUUCCGGGAGCUGGAGCUGCCGGAGAGCUUGAAAUCGGACAGCCCGAUGUACCUGACGGUGUGUGGUUACAAAGAAUCGACGAUUGCGGUGUUCAAGAGGCGGUAUUUGGGGGAACCGGAGAGUCAGAUCUGGGUGAUGGAAGAGUACGGGGCGGUGAAAUCGUGGGUGAGGAUGUUGAUAAUCGAGACGUACGAUGGAGAAGUGCCGAGGGCGUUGGGGUUCAGGGGGAACGGGGAGGUGUUGUUCGAAAUCGCCGGCGGGGAGAUCGUGUCCGGCGAUCCGGAGAGCUUCGAGGUUUCGGAGUUAGGGUUGUGGGGAGUCGCUGGGUACUCGUUCGUCGGGAGUUUCAUGGAGACGCUUGAUCUGCUUGAUAGGUAGAGUGGGGGUUCUUCUUGGGCCUAGUUUUGAUUGGGCUUUUCUCUUAACUUUGUGGUGUGGACUUGAUUGGGCUUUUCUGGAGAUCCAUCAAUACAUUCGUGACCGUUAAAACUAACUAACUAAUGUCUAGGGAUGUCAAUUUCGACCUGAUUCGAUUUAUUCGACCUGUUUGACCUGUUUUGGGGCGGGGCGGGCAUGGGUACCUCUCAUCGACCCGACCUGCCCUGACCCGCCCCAUUCUCGACCCGUUCUUGCCUAAAUUACAUAUAAUAUUAGUUUAAUUACUUAAGAUUUUCCUCUUAUUACAUUAUAUUUUAACUAUAAUAAAGUUGUAAAUAAGUG